AUGGCCAAGAAAAUAUUUCAUUAUCUACCAACAUAUGCUGCUGUACAGUUCAACUUUCCAAGCUUUGGCUAUUUUUUUAAUAAACUUGUUAGCCCAAACCAGGCUACUCCUCUUCAGGAGACCCCACAUGCUAGAACAGUUGACCUCAUUAAUAAGCCAAAAAAUGAGCCUAAGCUGGACAUAAAACCAAAUACUCUUUUUGCAAAUGUUGAUCUGAUUAAAAACUGCUUAGAGGGAGGAGCCACACUAUAUAACAAAUCUAUGGACCAAGGUUUUUUCUUAGUGCCCUUAAAAUAUCAAAAGUCAUUCCAAUCCACAAAUCUGGUUCAAAGAGUAACUCACACCGCCACCACUUAUUGCUCCGAUGCCUUCAAAAAUAUUACUAGCUUCACCGACGCUGACGUGAACCAAGGAAGCAUUUAUUAA